GUUUGCUGUAUGUACCCUGCCGGAGACGGUCCAGCUCAACAUAGCGAUAGCAUAGUUAGCCAACAUUGCCCAAUGCUAGCCAGCUAGUCGUACAAUGAGAGAUACUCUGCAAGAGCCGAAUAGCAAUUAAGUGGCCGACAUAUUAUUAUAAACACAUUAGGCCACCCAAAUGGUGAUCAUGUCGGGCACAGCAACUGUGCUGCAACAGUUUGUCAGUGGGCUGAAGAGUCGAAAUGAAGACACCAGAGCAAAAUCUGCCAAAGAUUUGCAGCACUAUGUGACUACAGAGCUCAGAGAGUUGAGCCAAGAUGAAGCCACUACAUUCUAUGAUGAGUUGAACCACCACAUAUUUGAGCUGGUAUCCAGCUCUGAUGUAAAUGAGAGGAAGGGAGGGAUUCUCGCUAUUGUGAGUCUGAUCGGAGUCGAGGGAGGCAAUGCCACCAGGAUCAGCCGCUUUGCCAACUACCUGCGCAACUUGCUUCCAUCCAGUGACCCCGUGGUCAUGGAGAUGGCCUCUAAAGCCAUGGGUCACCUGUCUAUGGCAGGGGACACCUUUACUGCUGAGUAUGUGGAGUUUGAGGUGAAGAGGGCCCUGGAGUGGUUGGGAGCAGACAGAAAUGAAGGCAGACGCCAUGCUGCAGUGUUGGUGUUGAGGGAGCUGGCUGUAAGCGCACCCACCUUCUUCUUUCAGCAAGUACAGCCCUUCUUUGACAACAUCUUUUAUGCAGUAUGGGACCCCAAGCAGGCUAUCCGAGAAGGGGCAGUAUCUGCACUGCGAGCCUCUCUCAUCCUCACCACACAGAGGGAAACCAAGGAAAUGCAGAAACCACAGUGGUACAAACAAACCUUUGAGGAGGCAGAGAAAGGCUUCGAUGAGACUUUGGCCAAAGAGAAAGGGAUGAAUCGUGACGACAGGGUCCAUGGUGCUCUUUUGAUCCUGAAUGAGCUGGUUCGCAUCAGCAGCAUGGAGGGAGAGCGCAUGCGUGAGGAGAUGGAGGAGAUCACACAGCAGCAGCUGGUCCAUGAUAAGUACUGCAAGGAGCUGAUGGGAUUUGGAACCAAACCCCGUCACAUCACACCCUUCACUAGCUUCCAAUCGGUGCAGCCACAGCAGUCCAAUGCUCUCCUGGGCCUGCUGGGCUACAGCACACCUCAGGGCUUCCUCACCUUCGGAGCCGCACCACUACCUGCCAAGAGCUCGCUGGUGGAGAGCCGAUACUGCCGUGAGCUGAUGGAGGAGCGAUUCGACCAGGUGUGUCGGUGGGUGCUGAAAUACAAGACCAGUAAAAACCCUCUGAUCCAGAUGACCAUCCUCAACCUACUUCCACGCCUGGCUGCCUUCCAGCCACAUAUCUUUACAGACCAGUACCUGUCAGACACUAUGGGCUACCUGCUGGGUUGUCUGAAGAAGGAGAAGGAGAGGACUGCAGCUUUCCAGGCUCUGGGUCUGCUGGUAGUGGCCGUCAGGGCAGAAAUCCAGCCAUACCUCUCGAAGGUUCUUGAGAUCAUCAAGGCUGCCCUUCCACCCAAGGACUUUGCACACAAGAGGCAGAAGACCAUGCAGGUGGACGCCACAGUGUUCACCUGUAUCAGCAUGCUUUCCAGAGCCAUGGGUCCCAGCAUCCAACCAGACAUUAAGGAGCUGCUGGAGCCAAUGCUGGCUGUGGGCCUCAGUCCUGCACUGACAGCGGUGCUGUACGACCUGAGCCGUCAAAUCCCCCAGCUGAAGAAGGACAUCCAGGAUGGUCUGCUGAAGAUGCUUUCCCUGGUGUUGAUGCACAAGCCACUGCGUCACCCCGGCAUGCCCAAAGGCCUGGCUUACCAGCUGGCCUCGCCAAGCCUCACAAACAUCCCUGAGGCCAGUGACGUCGGCAGCAUCACACUGGCCCUGCGCACACUGGGAAGCUUUGAGUUUGAAGGACACUCCCUCACCCAGUUUGUGCGCCACUGUGCGGAUCACUUCCUGAACAGUGAACACAAGGAAAUCCGGAUGGAGGCAGCUCGGACCUGCUCACGUCUCCUUACUCCCUCCAUCCAUCUGAUCAGUGGCCAUGUUGUCAGCCAGACCGCUGUGCAGGUUGUUGCAGAUGUGCUCAGCAAGCUGCUAGUUGUUGGCAUCACUGACCCAGAUCCAGACAUUCGCUACUGUGUGCUGGCAUCUCUUGAUGAGCGUUUUGACGCUCAUCUCGCCCAGGCUGAGAACUUGCAGGCGCUGUUUGUUGCACUGAAUGAUGAGGUGUUUGAGAUCCGAGAGCUGGCCAUCUGUACCAUCGGACGCCUCAGCAGCAUGAACCCUGCGUUUGUCAUGCCCUUCCUACGCAAGAUGCUCAUCCAGAUCUUAACAGAGCUGGAGCACAGUGGUGUCGGCAGGAACAAAGAGCAGAGUGCUCGUAUGCUUGGUCACCUAGUCUCCAACGCCCCCCGCCUCAUACGGCCAUAUAUGGAGCCCAUCCUUAAGGCUCUCAUCCUAAAGCUGAAAGACCCAGACCCCAACCCUGGAGUGGUCAUUAGUGUCCUUGCUACCAUUGGCGAGUUGGCUCAGGUGGUUGGAUGGUCCCCACAGAGGAGUCAGGAAAGCACAGUUAAAGGCAGGCAAACGCUGCAUUUCAGACAGAGUGCAGGAGAUGCACAGGUAGACCAAGUGUUUGUGUUUGAGUCAGUACAGGAAGAGGCAGAAGCCCAGCUGCCCAGGAACCAGCACAGGAAGCCACAAGAAAAUGUGAGUGGCUUGGAGAUGAGGAAGUGGAUGGACGAGCUUUUUCCAAUCAUCAUGGACAUGCUGCAGGACUCAUCCUCCUUGGCCAAGCGACAGGUGGCGCUGUGGACUCUGGGCCAGCAGGUGGCUAGUACAGGUUAUGUGGUGGAACCCUACCGCAAGUACCCCUCCCUUCUGGAGGUGCUGCUCAACUUCCUCAAGACAGAACAAAACCAGGGCAUCAGGAGAGAGGCUAUCCGUGUACUGGGCCUUCUUGGAGCUCUGGACCCCUACAAGCACAAGGUGAACAUCGGAAUGAUUGACCAGUCACGAGACGCCUCUGCUGUCAGUCUCUCUGAGUCAAAGUCUAGUCAGGACUCAGCUGACUACAGCACCAGCGAGAUGCUAGUGAACAUGGGAAACCUUCCCCUGGAUGAGUUUUACCCGGCCGUGGCAAUCGUCACUCUGAUGCGCAUCCUGAGAGACCCUUCACUGUCCAACCACCAUACUAUGGUGGUCCAGGCUGUCACCUUUAUCUUUAAGUCUCUGGGCCUCAAGUGUGUCCAAUUUCUGCCCCAGGUCAUGCCCACAUUCCUCAACGUCAUCCGCGUCUGUGAUGCCAGUAUACGAGAGUUCCUCUUUCAGCAGAUGGGAAUGGUGGUCUGCUUUGUGAAGAUCCACAUCCGCCCCUACAUGGAUGACAUAUUCACCCUCAUAAGAGAGUACUGGACACCAAACAACCCCAUGCAGAACACAAUCAUCCUUCUGAUCGAGCAGAUUGUGGUGGCACUGGGAGGAGAGUUCAAGCUCUACCUGCCUCAGCUUAUACCACACAUGUUGCGCGUCUUCAUGCAUGACAACAGCACCGGGCGCGGGGUUACCAUCAAGCUGCUCAACGCCAUCCAGCUGUUUGGUGCCAACCUAGACGACUACCUGCAUUUGCUGUUGCCUCCCAUUGUCAAACUUUUUGAUGCUCCUGAUGUGCCCCUGCAGGCCCGCAAGGUUGCCUUGGAGACACUGGACCGGCUGACGGAGUCCUUGGACUUCACUGACUACGCUUCACGCAUUAUCCACCCGAUUGUUCGGACACUUGACAGCACGCCUGAGCUGCGCUCCACCUCUAUGGACACCCUGUCCUCGCUAGUGUUCCAGCUUGGCAAGAAGUACCAGAUCUUCAUCCCCAUGGUGAACAAAGUGAUGCUGAAGCACAGGAUCAACCACCAGCGUUAUGACAUAUUAAUAUGUCGCAUUGUUAAGGGCUAUACUCUGGCAGAGGAGGAAGAGGACCCGCUAAUCUUCCAACAUCGCCAGCUUCGUGGUAACCAAGGUGAUGCUCUGGUCAGUGGUCCAGUGGAGGCGGGGCCUAUGAAGAAGCUUCACGUCAGCACUACGGCACUUCAGAAGGCUUGGGGUGCUGCCAGGAAGGUGUCCAAAGAUGACUGGUUGGAGUGGCUGAGGCGCUUGAGUGUUGUCCUGCUUAAGGAGUCGUCCUCCCCAGCCCUGCGAUCGUGCUGGUCACUGGCCCAAACCUAUAUUCCUCUUGCCAGGGACCUGUUCAAUGCAGCCUUUCUGUCUUGUUGGUCUGAGCUGAGUGAGGACCAGCAGGAUGAGCUCAUCCGUAGCAUUGAGUUAGCUCUUACCUCCCAGGACAUUGCUGAAGUCACACAAACUCUACUCAACCUGGCAGAGUUCAUGGAGCACAGUGACAAGGGCCCUCUGCCCCUCAGAGAUGAUAAUGGCAUUGUGCUGCUUGGUGAAAGAGCUGCCAAGUGUCGUGCCUACGCUAAGGCUCUGCAUUACAAAGAGCUGGAGUUUCAGAAAGGUCCAUCUCCUCUCAUCCUGGAGUCUCUUAUAAGAACCAUAAGAGACAAAGGGCUAGUCAGAUGAUGUCAGAGAUAACGUCAACCCUCCUUAGCCACAAACAUCCCAUGACAAUCUGGAAGGAAAUGGGUGACUGAGGUAACUACUUCCUAUGCCUCCAUGCUUUUCUCAUGCAGUGAUGCAUGUGAUGCCACUGUUUCUUAAGACACACAGAGGCCAAGAUCUGUAUUUGAUAAUGACAACAUGUUGGCCAUUAUUUCCAUAGAAGAUGUAUGCAUGCCCGGCAUGAAGAGCUAUGUUCUGCUCAAGAAUUAAAGGUUUAAGAAAGGAGUCAUUUUAGCUGGUGUUGACUGACUCUGUUCAGAUAUAGUGUUAUUUAAGAUAUUAUCUAAUUGAAAGAUGGUGCAUUGGUCAUGUCACAACUGGUAUCAAGGUACCCUAUCUCUGGGCAAAUGGUUAAUUCUGUUGUUUUUCUUUUAUAUGUAUGUAGUGUUUUAUUUGCAUUUCCUUCAAUAUCUUUUCAAGUGUUUUAAUUAAUUUUAAUGCCCGAUGUAAAGCAUUGUUGAAUUGUCUCUGUUUGGACAGGGUUAUACAAAUAAACCUGCCUUACCUUG